CUUUUCUUUCUUUUCAGUUCCUUUCCUCCAUUUUCCUUCACUUGUUGUCUUUUCUUCUGCUUCCAAUCCUUGAUAUCCCCAAACACACGAAACCAUUUUGUGCUUCUCCGUUCCGGUCACUGCACAUACUGCCUCCGGCAGCUCAGCUUUCUUCCUGAUCCAGCUUCGGUGACCGUGAAGCAGGUUCUUUACUGACGAUUGAUUUCGCGGUGCUGAUAGUCUGAUUCUUUUAGAAGAGUAAUAGAUAGCGACAGCUGAACUGUGGUUCUGGAAAAUUGCAUCAAAUAUUCUGGUUGAUGUUGCGAAGAUGGAUUUCUCUUUGUGGUUUCUGAACUGUCAGUGACAGUAACUUAGUAUAUUGUAAAACUGUGGUUUGUUUGUGAGUUUUUUUGCUCCGUGGAAGGAAAAGGAAGGCAAAGAUGAUCAGCAAACCACUCGUGUUGACUUAUCUGUACUUGUUUAUCUACAUUUUGCUUUCAUCAGGAGUUAUAUUGUAUAACAAGUGGGUUCUGUCUCCAAACUACUUCAAUUUUCCCCUCCCAAUAACGCUUACCAUGAUUCACAUGGGAUUCUCUGGGGCUGUAGCAUUUUUGCUUGUCCGUGUGUUCAAGGUUGUAUCUCCUGUCAAAAUGACAUUCGAGAUAUAUGCAACUUGUGUAAUUCCAAUAAGUGCUUUCUUUGCAUCAAGUCUUUGGUUUGGUAACACUGCUUACUUGCACAUUUCUGUGGCCUUCAUCCAAAUGCUUAAAGCUUUAAUGCCAGUGGCAACAUUCAUGAUGGCUGUGAUGUGUGGCACUGACAAACCAAGGUGUGACGUGUUCUUAAACAUGGUGCUGGUCAGUGUUGGAGUUGUCAUAUCCUCAUAUGGGGAAAUUCAUUUCAAUAUAGUUGGCACAGUUUACCAGGUUACAGGCAUCUUUGCCGAAGCUCUUAGGCUGGUCUUAACUCAAGUCCUUCUGCAAAAGAAGGGCCUGACUUUAAAUCCCGUUACAAGCUUGUAUUACAUAGCACCAUGCAGUUUUGUGUUUCUUUUUGUCCCUUGGUGUUUGCUGGAGAAGCCUGUGAUGGCAGUUUCACAAAUACAGUUCAAUUUCUGGAUCUUCUUCUCCAACGCUCUUUGUGCUCUGGCUUUGAACUUCUCCAUCUUCUUGGUAAUUGGGAGAACUGGAGCAGUCACCAUUAGGGUUGCUGGUGUUUUGAAAGACUGGAUACUGAUUGCCCUUUCAACUGUUAUAUUUCCAGAGUCAACAAUAACUGGGCUGAAUAUAAUUGGUUAUGCUAUUGCUCUCUGUGGUGUUGUGAUGUAUAACUACAUAAAGGUCAGGGAUGUUCGUGCUUCUCAGCUAUCUUCUGAUAGUCUUCCAGAAAGAAUGACAAAGGAAUGGAAGUUGGAAAAGAAGUCAUCUGACUUAUUCACUCCUAGCAAAAGCAGUGAUAAAAGUGGAGGAAAGGGUGAGGGAAAUUUUGCUGCUUCUGAAUUGAAUGCCGAUGAAGAAGCGCCACUACUUCCAACGUCAAGGCUAUCUCAUAUUGGUCGUUCUCAGCCAAGCAACCAUACUUCAUGAUACAUCAAGUUUCUAACGUAUACUUUAGAUCAAAGAUGGAGGGCUUACCGUUGGGUUGAGUUGACAGAAACCAGAUAUAUGCAAGAGGAAGCCAGUUCACACUCAUCCUAACCGUUUAUCUCAAGGGAAAAUAUUCUUUUUCAGGUGAUAUAUAUUUCACAGUCGAAGAAAAAAGCAAUUAUUUGGAAUACUUUCAUUUGUAGUAUCUAUGUAUGAUUCUCUUGCUGACAUACUUUCAUGACUGGUGUGGCCCAAAACCUAAAAUUUGGUCAUGAGCUCACUCUAUGUUCAAGGCCAACUCGACUGAACAAUAGUGGGCAAAAGAGGGCUAUUUCCUUUAUUUUCCCUUUCCUGCGGGUGAGCCUUAAAGUAAAUUCGAAUCAAGUUUGAGGUAGCCAGGUAGGCAUAUGCAUGCAUGUUAACAAAUGGUUCUUACAAUGGACCAGUGGCAUUCUUUGAUCUGACCACAUUUGGCUGUGAAAUUAGCCAUCUUUCGAACAUAGAAAUCAUUCUUUUAACGGUAAUGUGUGUUUUAUAAAUUUAUGUCAGUAUA